CAGAGCUGCGGCUUUCUCCAGAUGACUGAAAGGUUCAGCAUGUUAACAUCGACAACGUCCUUGCUCACGUCAGUGUCCAUGACUUCCAAGCCAAUGUCCUUUUCGACCGAGGAUUGAUGACCGACGCCAUUGCUGACCAUUGACUUCAUCCUCAAACUUGGGCUCCAAAACAGGCUGAAGAUGUCAUCAACCAUAAAUACACAAACACCAUUCCAGCCACACCCGCACUCUAGAGAGAGAGAGAAUGAGCGAAGAAGUGAAGCUGCAUAGCAUUUGGGAAAGCCCAUUCGGUUUCAGAGUACAAAUUGCCUUGAGCUUCAAGGGAAUCGAGUAUGAAUACAUAGAAGAAUAUUUGAAGGACAAGAGCGAGCUCCUGUUAAGAUACAACCCAGUUCAUAAGAAGGUCCCCGUGCUCGUUCAUCGCGGGAAGCCGAUACCAGAGUCGAUGGUGAUCAUCGAAUACGUCGAGGAAACCUGGCCAGAGAAGCCCAUCUUGUCAGAAGAUCUUCAUGAGCGAGCUAUGGCACGAUUCUGGGCAAAAUUUUCUGAUGAUAAGUGCUCACCGGCAAUUUUCAAAUAUUUCUCCACCCAAGGUGAGGAGCAUGAUAAGGCCAAGGCAGAGCUAGUUGAGAAUUUGAAGACACUGGAAGGUGCAUUGAAGGGUAACAAAUUCUUUGGUGGAGAGACGAUCGGACUAGUUGAUAUUGCAGCAGGCUGGAUGCCUAUGUGGAUCCAAAGAAUUGAAGAGGUCCUUGGUAACAAAGUUGUUGAAGAAAAUAGUUUCCCACAUCUGCAGGGUUGGUUCCAUGACCUCCUGAAUCUCCCUUUCGUGAACCAGAACCUGCCCCCACCUGAGAAACUCCGUGAGCACCUUAAGAACUUCCGCAACAGCUUGCUUGCACGAUCAACCUAGCCUGCUAUCUUGAUGCUUCCCAGUUGCUUACUCUUUAGCUUGCUAGUUACUUAGAGAAGAAUGACGGUGUGGUAUACUUAUAAAUGGCAUGUAACAAUAUAUAUCGAUGCUUAAUGCAAAUUCUUGAGGUUCUCAGUUUA